AUGUCAUCAAAGGCUCUUAAGAUAGCUUUCGUACAUCCCGAUCUCGGUAUCGGUGGGGCAGAACGUCUCGUGGUUGAUGCUGCUACUGGUUUAAAAUCAAAAGGUCACAAAGUAGUUAUUUAUACUUCUCAUCAUGAUCGUGAACAUUGUUUUGAAGAAACUAGAGAUGGUUCACUUGAAGUUAGAGUACGUGGAAAUAGUAUUAUUCCACGUACCUUUUUUGGAUCAUUUUACAUAAUAUGUGCAAUUUUACGACAAUUACAUCUUACCACUUCCUUGAUUUUGAGAGAUAAAGAUCAAUUCGAUGUUAUAUUUGUUGAUCAAUUAUCCGCUAGCAUUCCACUUUUAAGAUUGACUGGUGCAAAAGUUCCUCAAGUUCUUUAUCCUGGAAUACAUUUUGAAGCAUAUGAUAAAAAAGUAGAUGUUGAUGAUAUCAAUAUUAAGAUUUUAGAAAGCUCAAAAAUGACAAUUUUAUCAAUUAAUCGUUUUGAAAGAAAAAAAAGUAUUGUGCUUGCCAUACGUGCUUUUGCAAGGUUACGAGAUGAUAAUAUGAUAUCAGAGGAACAAUUCCUAAAUAUGCGUUUGAUCAUUGCCGGUGGUUAUGAUCAUCGUGUGCAAGAGAAUGUGGAUCAUCAUAAAGAGUUGGAUCGUGUGGCUUUACGAUUGGAACUCCAAACUUUUACAAUUAUGCCUGGUUCGACAAAAUAUCCACCAGAAUCAGCGCAAAUAAUAUUUUUAUGUUCCUUUAAUGAAGCGCAAAGGACAUAUCUUUUAUCAAAAUCACAUUGUCUUUUAUACACUCCAUCAAAUGAACAUUUUGGAAUUGUGCCCAUAGAGGCUAUGUAUGCUCGUUUACCUGUGAUCGCAUGUAAGAGUGGUGGGCCAAGAGAAACUAUUCAAAAUGAUAUAACGGGUGUUUUAUGUUCGCCUACACCUUUAGAGUUUUCAGAGGCGAUUGCUGAAUUUAUUUCGGGUAAACAUGAUCGAAAAGUUAUGGGCGAACAUGGGAGAGAGCACGCACAAAAAAAUUUUUCUCUGACCAAAUUUGUCAAUUCUCUUGAUCUUAUUUUAAUGAAGUUAGUACAAGACUCUCCGAGACCAAAACCAUUACAAGGUCCUUUGAUAUGGUUUUCUACUGCUAUUACUUUAUUUGUAUUUUUAAUAUAUCAAUACAGUUAUUAA